AUGAAAGUCUUCGAAGAUAUUUCAUCAAAUUCUUUAGUUGAAGAGGACCCUUAUCUUCGCGCAGAAAAGGUAAAUCUUACGCCAGAUGAUUUUGAUGUAUCAUCUCUUUCAUUAGAGAGCUACCGCUCUAAUGACCCCGCAUCCUGGGAGAAAUUCAAGAAGAAGUUACAAUCAAAGAUUGCAGCUGGCCAAUUAUAA